AUGAAUUAUGAAACACCCAAAUUUUCAAAGUUCGACAAGAAGUUAGAUACUUUAGGAAAAGGAAUAUCAGGUCAGGUAGAAUUAUUUGAAACCAAGAAAGGUAUAAAAUAUGCUGUAAAGACUUAUUAUUCACGUAAAAAUUAUGAAUCAAAGAAAGAUUUUAAAAUUAGAAUCUUACAUGAAUAUGAUAUUUUAUCAAAAUUAAGUCAUUGGAAUAUCAUACAACAGUAUAAAUACGAUGUACUGUUUUCUGGAUCUACUAUUAAGCUAUUUAUGAUGGCUGGCUCUCCAAAUUUGUUAAAGCUACUAAGAUCAAAUAAAGAUAUUGAUCAAAAUGAAUUACUAUGUUUCUGGAAACAAAUAUGUCAAGGAAUCAAAUAUUUACACAACUUAAACAUUUGUCAUCGAGAUUUAAAACUAGAGAAUUUAGUAUUUGAUUUGGAAUAUAGAUUUAUUAAAAUUAUCGAUUUCACAACUGCUCAUGAAAUUACAAAAACUAAUCCAUAUUCAAUUGGGUUAGUAGGUUCAGAGAAUUAUGCAGCGCCAGAAACUUUUGCAAGUUUAAAAUAUGAUGGUAAAGCAUCGGAUAUUUGGUCAAUUGGAAUCAUUUUAUGUUAUUUGAUGAAUAAGAAAUAUCCAUGGAAACUGGCACAAUGGAACGAUGAAAAUUAUAAACAAUAUCAAUCUCAAUUCAAUUCAAAUGAAAAAGAAAAUAUCUCAUUAUUUAACUUAGAACCUGAUGCAAUCAAAGAGAGUCAAAUAUUAAAUCCAGAUGCUGAACAACGUAUUUCAAUCUUUGACUUUGAUUAUUUUUUAUGGUUCGAAAACAUUCGGUAUUGUAAUUCCUCAACUACAUGUGGUUAUAAUCAUAAUGAAAAUUUCAGGUAA